UAGUCUUCAUCUAGACCUGGGUCGUUUACAAGGAAAAGGAAGACGAUUUAAAUAUACAAGGAGACUGGAGUCUAACCACUCCGUCUUUGUGCAUGGUGAAGUCAACAGUGCUACAGUUGUCUACAACCUUGAAUCCAUUCUGCCAAACCUCACAGCAUGUCUGGUGCCUACGAAGAGACCGGGCCCGAUGAUGUCACAGACAGCUUCUGGGAGGUGGGGAACUACAAGCGAACAGUGAAGCGGAUCGAGGACGGACACAGGCUAUGUAAUGACCUUAUGAACUGCAUCCACGAGCGUGCCAAAAUAGAGAAGGCCUAUUCACAGCAGCUAAUGGACUGGUCCAAGAGAUGGAGACAGCUGGUGGAAAAAGGGCCUCAGUAUGGGACGGUGGAGCGAGCAUGGAUCGCGCUGAUGACGGAGGCGGAGAAGGUGAGCGAACUCCAUCAGGAGGUGAAGAAUGGUCUGGUGAAUGAGGACUUUGAGAAAGUGAAGAACUGGCAAAAAGAUUCUUACCAUAAGCAGAUGAUGGGAGGCUUCAAAGAGACCAAGGAGGCAGAAGAAGGCUUCAAAAAAGCUCAGAAACCAUGGGCCAAAAAGCUGAAAGAGAUGGAGACAGCAAAAAAGUCCUACCACAUGGCCUGCAAGGAGGAGAAGCUGGCGUCCAUCCGGGAAGCCAACAGCAAGGCAGAGGCCUCCAUCACACCUGAGCAGCUGAAGAAGCUUCAGGAGAAGGUGGACAAGUGCAAAAAUGAUACUAUGAAGGCCAAGGACAAGUACGAGAAGGCUCUGGACGAACUGAACAAGUGCACGCCGCAGUACAUGGAGAACAUGGAGAUAGUUUUCGAACAGUGUCAGCAGUUUGAGGACAAGAGGUUGGCUUUCCUCCGGGAAGUGCUGCUGGACAUCAAGCACCACCUCAACCUCACCGAGAACCAAAGCUAUGCCACAGUAUACAGGGAGCUUGAGCGAGCCAUCACCUCCUCUAGUGCCCAAGAUGAUCUCAAGUGGUUCAACAGUAAUCAUGGCCCAGACAUGCACAUGAACUGGCCACAGUUUGAGGAGUAUAACACAGAUGUGACCCAUGUCAUCAGCAAAAAAGAGAAAAUGAAGAAGAACCAUGAUGGAGUCACACUCACCCACGUCACAGCUGCAGGGGAUCACUCCACGCCACAAGCUGAACACAGGAGCAGCGUGAGCAGUUAUGAGAAGACCCAGGCACACUCGACAGAGUGGUCAGAUGAUGAACUGCAUGCAGAGCCCAACGGACGCAACCCGUUUGAGGAGGACAUGGCCAGAGGGGUACGGGUGAGGGCACUGUACGACUAUGAGGGCCAGGAGCAGGAUGAGCUCAGCUUCCGCGCAGGUGACGAGCUGACCAAACUGGAGGAUGAAGAUGGUCAAGGCUGGUGUAAAGGGCGGCUGGAUAACGGUCAGCUUGGCUUGUACCCCGCCAACUACGUUGAGCCCAUUUAGUUGCCUUGUACAGAGAAUGACCUUUUUUCUCAUAUGGCCUGAAAGACUACGCUGUCUGCUGCACAUAACCAGAGACUCCAUAAUCUGUUUCCUGACCACUGACUGGCUAAAGUGUCUGCUAUGAAGAGUCUUCCUGUAUCCUAGCUUUCAAAGUAAAGAGUAAACUGUCACGAAGCAAAACACAGUGUGCACAUAAAGUAUUCUGUGUCUCUAAUGUUUCUGUCCAAGAGGCUUGUCCAAGGUAUUUAAAGCAGAACUUAUCCAAUAUUUCACUGCAGUGAGAGUGGGGAGACUUUUUGUAUUCCUAACUAUCUGUAUGGAUUUACAGUAUAUGCAGAUGGCCUAUGUGUGCAAGUAUGUUCUCAUGUAAAAAUAUUGAAAUAAUGUAUUCCAGGAAACCUAGCAUAGCAAGAAUUAUCUAUGCGAUGGGUACAUUUGAUAACUCUGCGUGUGACAAUAUCUGUCUCAGUCGUGGCCCUGCUUCAUGCAUCGCGCUGGUCUAAGACAUUUAUUCACACACCUUCGUUAUAUUUUUAUUUAUUGAUUUGGUAAUGUCCCUGUCAAAGGUGUAUAUGAUGGUUUGACAUGUUUUUAUUUCCCUGUAAAUGAAGUCACAUAUGGUUGGGCAUGUUCUACAGUGUUUACACUUGUUUAAUUCCACACAGAAAGUGGCGUGCUCUGGUCUUACCCGACUUGCUUCAGAUAGACUGUGAACCUCUGGCACUGGCAUUUACCACCCCAGUUCAGGUAGAAAAGCUAAUAUUCCUCAAGUGCCGACAUUGAGCCAUUUCACCUCUUACAGUGAUGGGUCAUUUCAGAAUCAUCAUUGAUGACAGAAAAUAAUUGUUUAAACAAUGUUUGGUUAGCCUAUGAUUGCCAUAGCUACUAAAAUGUAUCACAACUAGAACCUGAGAAAAUCGUAAAUUGUUUUUUCAUUAACUUGAACUAAACACCAGGGCUGAAUGCCUGUGAAACAAAAAUGUGCUCAAUUCAUAUUUUAGAAUAUUAUUGACUGUCUUUAUGACUUCUGGACCAUACAAUUCACACUGAUGCACAUAAAGCAUAAAGGACAUUAAAGUAAAUUAAUUUAUUAAAGAAACAUCUCAUGAAAACAAUGACAAACCAACUAAAGAUCAAGAAAAGAUAGUGGGUACUAUUUAGCAAGAUAACAUACAUGCUAAUUGUUUCCUGCUAACCUUUACUCAUUGCUAGCAAUGUUAGCAUUCCUGUAUGAAAUAUUUCUUCAAAAUGCUUUGGAUGCUCUUUUCUGUUUUGCUUAUGCUGAGAACACCAGGAUGACCUCUGUAUAUUUAAGUUCUUGUGAUGUAAUCUUCUCUUGAUGCUGGUGUAGUGACUGUUCAAUUAUAAUCUAAAAUAAAACACAUCAAAUUGAGUGAAA